GCGAACUUUUGUUUGGUGUGUUGUGUGAGUUAGUUUCCGCCGCCGGGACAGAGGCGCCGGCCGGGCUGGGCCGGGCUCGGGGAAGCGCCGCACGGCCGGAGUUGUUUUGCCAGUUGCCGCGGCCGGGUCGGCUUCCCAACCGAGGGGUGAGAAGCACCGGCGACAGCAGGACGAGCCCGCGGCCCGGGGUGCGGGGCAUGCGGGACUGGGAAUCCGGGCUCUGAGCCGCCGAGCCCCGCCAGGGAAGCGCCGCGGGGUCCCGACGGAGCCAUGGAUCCUGGGCAGCCUCAAACGCAGCAGCCGCCGCAGGCAGCGCAGCCCCCGGCCUCGCAGCAGCAGCCGCCGCCGCAGCCCCCGGGCGCGGUGUCGGGGGCCGCGGCCGGCGCGGCGCAGCCUCCGGGUGCGGGGCCCCCCCCGGCGGGGCACCAGAUCGUCCAUGUGCGGGGCGACUCGGAGACCGACUUGGAGGCGCUGUUUAACGCCGUGAUGAACCCCAAGGGCGCCAACGUGCCACACACGCUGCCCAUGCGACUGCGGAAACUGCCCGACUCCUUCUUCAAGCCGCCCGAGCCCAAGGCCCACUCCCGCCAGGCCAGCACUGAUGCCGGGACAGCAGGAGCCCUGACCCCACAGCAUGUCCGAGCUCAUUCCUCUCCAGCAUCACUGCAGCUGGGAGCUGUUUCUCCAGGGACACUUACACCCUCUGGAGUAGUGACUGGACCUGGAGCUCCAUCUUCUCAACACCUCCGCCAGUCUUCUUUUGAGAUCCCUGAUGAUGUACCUUUGCCACCAGGUUGGGAGAUGGCUAAGACACCAUCUGGACAGAGAUACUUUCUUAAUCACAUUGAUCAAACAACAACAUGGCAAGAUCCUAGGAAGGCCAUGCUUUCCCAGAUGAAUGUUACAGCUCCCACCAGUCCUUCUGUGCAGCAGAACAUCAUGAACUCAGCGUCAGCCAUGAAUCAGCGAAUCAGCCAAAGUGCUCCAGUCAAACAGCCACCUCCUCUGGCUCCUCAGAGUCCCCAGGGUGGUGUGAUGGGAGGGAGUAGCUCCAAUCAACAGCAACAGAUGAGACUUCAGCAGCUACAGAUGGAGAAAGAAAGGCUGAGACUGAAGCAUCAAGAACUGCUUCGGCAGGAAUUGGCUCUCCGUAGCCAGCUUCCAACAAUGGAACAAGACGGUGGAUCUCAAAACCCCGUGUCAUCUCCUGGAAUGUCUCAGGAGCUGAGAACAAUGACUACAAAUAGUUCUGAUCCGUUUCUUAACAGUGGAACAUAUCACUCCAGAGAUGAAAGCACAGAUAGUGGACUUAGCAUGAGCAGUUACAGUGUACCCAGAACCCCAGAUGACUUCCUGAACAGUGUUGAUGAGAUGGAUACAGGUGACAGUAUCGGCCAAAGUAACAUACCAUCCCAUCAGAAUCGUUUCCCAGACUACCUUGAAGCCAUUCCAGGGACAAAUGUGGACCUUGGGACACUGGAAGGAGAUGGAAUGAAUAUAGAAGGAGAAGAACUGAUGCCAAGUCUGCAAGAGGCUUUGAGCUCUGACAUCCUCAAUGACAUGGAAUCUGUCUUGGCAGCCACCAAGCUAGAUAAAGAGAGUUUUCUUACUUGGUUAUAGGGGCCUCAGGGAGACUGAAUUCUAAAUCUGUGAAGGAUCUAAGGAGAUUAGGACAUCUGUAUCUGAAGUUCAGAACAAGCCAGUGUGGUGCACAUUGGCUUGUGUUCAGAAAAAGUAAAUGAACAAAUACUCAACAAGAUUCUUUGGGUUUGCUCUUCCUUGUCCAUCGCUGCUGUUAUAUAUUGCUGACUUUUUUCCACAGUUGACUCUGAAGAACAGACAUCUUCUUGAUCUUUUUCUAUUGCUGUUGCAACUACUGUUCAAGGGGGGUGGGGAGGAACGAUGAGCCUAUUUUGGAUGACGAAUGCCAUUCCUUUUGUCCUAGUGUGUGCUUGCAUAUCAUUUUAUCUAAGUCCUCAGAUUUGAGAGUUAAUUUCUGCAUAUCACUGCUUGUAGUUUGCUCAGCUAGUUGUCUCCUGCUGCCUGUGGUGAGUGGUAAAACAUGAUAUACUGGGGUGACAAGCCAAAAAUGAUGUAUCUGGUCAAAAGCAGUCAAUACUGAUUUGGAGAUACGAUGUAAAGGAGGGCUGAAGACUGGCAUUAAGUGUUCCUACUAGUAGCUCUUGCAUUAGCCACAAAGUGCUCUUGUUCGUAUUUUAUGUUAUAGUAAAUCAUGAGUCAUUUUACAUAGAAACAUAUAUGAACUUUGAUUGUUGCCACAUACUCUAGCCUAACUUCCAUUUGUCAAAAAUACUUUGAUUAUUUUUGUUAGUUGGUUUAACUGUAGCUGUAGGAUGGGAAGUAAUUAUAGGUGUUCUGGGUUUUUUUUUAUUAGUGAAAUCUAAGGGUUUUUUCUGAUUUCACACAGUCUUAUUUAAAUCUGAAUUGUCUGCUUUUUUUUAUACUUAAACCAUGCCUAUUGUAGCCUGAUAAGCUAGUGAGUACAUAAACCAGUAUGAUUUGCCUGUAACUUUUUUAUUUUUUUAAAGGCUAGCUUUGAAUGUAAUCAUUAGAUUUCAUGACCAGUGGCUUAUUUUUCAUGUGUAUUUGUGAGACUUUGAAUUAGAAUCUGAUUACAGCAAUGUAAAAGUUAGAGUCCUUUGUCAUGUGUACAAAUUUUAAAUGCAUUUUAAAGUAGCAGAACCAUUUUAAAAUUACAUCUAAUCUCUCUUCUGGUUUUCGAUUUUGGUCUCUAAGUGAGUUCAGAUUUUAAAAACCUUCAUGGGGAAAAAAAUUAUAAAAAGUUUCUCUUAAGUUAACACGGACAAAAAUUCUGAACUAUUAAUAUCACUGUGUGUUGCAAUGUAAAGGCUAGAACACCAAAAAACUUCUCAAUAAAAACUUCUAAGUGUAAGAGUUUGGUGAAAAAUAAGCCCUGGACGCUAUAUGUAGAAGAAUGUAAAGAUAUGUGUUAGAUGGUGACAUGAGCAGGUAAUGAAGUGUAUAUUAGUAGUAGAGCUUAGCAUGGGGUAGAGGUGAAUAUGAAUCAUUUUUAUUUUAACAGGAAAAGAUGUAUCACUAAGUUGUCUGCAGGAGUUGACACAAGUUUCCAAAGAGUAUUUUUAAAUGAACAAAACGAGCAUGAAUCAAACUUUCAAUAUAAGCUAUGAAUUUUUGUGGGGCUUUUAGGAUUUUUUCUGAUGAAAAAUAGUGUCACCAGUUAACACCUCUAUAAUUAAGGGCCUGUCACCAUUAUCAACAUUGAGCCUUUAUUUUCAAGGGUGUAUAACAUGACUAUAAAGAUACUGUAAGCGUGAAACUUAGAUUUGGAAAAAAAUCUCAGUUAGCAGGGACUUCUCCUGAGGAGAGAUUUUUUGGGUUUUACCGUUUUGCAUUUUUUUUAAAGACACUGAUUAUUUUUUUAACCUAGGAACAAAUCAGCAAAACAAACAAAAAAACCCAUCAUAUUAUUAUUGCCAUUUGGAUUUCUCUAAUGCUUCAGAAAUAAUUCUGGUUUAAGAUGAUGUAAAGAAAAUGAAGACUCUUAACUAAAUCCUAUUUUAAAAACUGAAGCAGCAGAGGCAGAGAUUUGAAAUUUACCACUAUAAAUGUACAUUUAUUACUUUACAUAAAUGUAUUAGUGUUUGAAAAACACAAAAUUUUGUGGCUUGUUAUGGGAUACAGGCACGUUUUAAAAUAACAAUUUUUAAAACACAUUCACGAUGAUAUAUAUUCUGCUACAUCAAUAAUUCAGCAGUUAAUAGGCCACUUAUAUUGUGCAAUGACACAGUAGCUCCUAAAGCAGUGUAUUGUGUCCAGGAUAGGGAUUUUGGUAGCAUUUUUGCAAUUUCAGUAUGAAUUCCUCUCUCUCUUACCCUUCAGGAAAAGAAAAAGACACUAAGUUUUCAUAACUUGAAUGAUCUGACAUAAAACCACAACAGCAAGGAAAUUCAGAGUUGAUUCUAUUUCAGUUGUCUUCCACGGUUAUAUCCAGGUAUCAUAGCACAUAGAUAGUCACAGAAUAAGCUGAGUUGGAAGGAACCCAUCAGGAUCAUCAAGUCCAACUCCUGGCCCUGCACAGGACACCCCAGGCUUCACACCAUGUGCCCGAGAGUGUUGUCCCAACUCUUCUUGAACUCCGUCAGGCUGGUGCUGUGAGCACUUCCCUGGGAAGCCUUUUCCAGUGCCCAUCCACCCUCUGGGAGAAGAGCCUUUUCUUGAUAUCCAGCCUAAAUUUUCCCUGACUCAGCUUCAGGCCAUUCCCUUGGGUCCUGUCACUGGUCUUGAGAGUGAAGAGAUCUUACCUGUCCCUCCUCUUCCUCUCAUGAGGAAGCUGUAGACUGCAAUGAGAUCUCCCCUCGCCUCCUCCAGGCUGAACAGACCAAGUGACCUCAGCCAUGAGAAGUGGCUUCCCCUCAAGGCUCUUCACCAUCAUCAUUGCCCUCCUUUGGACACUCUCCAUUAGCUUAAUAUCCCUUUCAUACUGUGGCACCCAAACCUGUCCCCAGCACUUGAGGCCAUCCCAGUAUAGAGCAGAGAGGGACAGUCCCCUCCCUUGCCCAGCUGUGAUGUUGUGCCUGAUGCCCCCCAGGACAGGGUUGGCCCUCCUGGCUGCCAGGGCACUGCUGCCUCAUGUUCAACCUUCUGCCAACCAGGACCCCCAGGUCCCUUUGUGCAGCGCUGCUCUCCUGCAUCUCAUCCCCCAGUACGUGCACACAACCAGAUAUGAUGCACUGAGUGCAAACUCCUGACAUGCUCUACCUAGCUACAACAGAAAUGAGUACAGAACAAAUUAUCUUUCCUUGCUUUUGUGUGUUUGUCACAGCUUUAAUAUUUGAAUGUUUUAUUCUCAUUGUAGAAACACUACACUACUACGCUUACUGUAUUUGGGUAGCACUGCUUAGGGUAGAUACUGACAAACUGGGAAUCCUUGAACUGCUCUAACAUUAAUUAUGUUUUGUGAUACUUAUUUUAAUUAAGACAUUUCCGUUCUCUCACCUACUAGGAAACAUACCAUAGAGAUGCUGUACUGUUGGCAAUCAAUAUUAAUUUGGAUUUAUUUUUUUUUUUUAAUUCUGCAAAUGCAUUAUUUGAUGAAGUGGUUAAAAUUGUUUGAAAUGCAGAAGUGUUUUGGGUAGUAUUUUAUACUGAUGUAUAUAUUGAAACAGAAAUCAUUGUAAUAAUUGUAAUAGCUGUUAGUUUUAAAUACACUAUAUGCAGACAGAUGGGGCUGUACAGAGCUGUACUGUUAACACCCAGGCAGGGCUACUGCUUGGGAACAGGUUGCAGUGUCAGUGAACCAUAUGGAUCAAAUAUUGUACCGUUCAGUGUUGGCGCUCACCAAUGCAAAAGGAGAAGAGACAAUUUCAACAUGAUUAACACUACAUGGUAAAUUAGUACUACAGUGACCUUUUCACUUACAAGCAUGUUUUUUAUACAAAUUAGCAGGUGUGCCUGUAUAAAAUAAUUUGUGUUCUGUAUCAUGGAAAAAGUACUCUCCACAUUUAGAAUCACAGAAUCAUGUUGUAUGUUAGAGAAUUAUGUCCAAAAUUAUAUCUAUUACUUAACAAUGUUAUUUUUAGAUAUGAGCAUGACUGUAAGCUAGGUACUUAAGUACAUUCUGUUACAUUAUUUUUUCUUUAUGUAAUACUUUUUCAGUUGUUUUAUUUGGUAUAAAUAUAUACUUUGUGCUUAAACAUCCUUGUUUGUUUUUAACAUUCAAUAGUAUGUAAAGAUAUGAUUUCCUUCAGUAAGAUAGAUGCAUUGAAUUAUUGGAAUGCAAAUUUAGUGUGUCUAUUCCUGUCCCCCUUGUCAUUGCCUUUGUAGUCAUAAACUCCAGUUCUGCAAAUACGGUGUGCAAGCUCACCUGAGAGACAAAUGAGUUCCACUGGCUUCAGUAAAGGCCUAACAUUAAAGUAUACAUCUCUGUGUGCUUGCAGUAAUGAAGAGACAGUGACUCUGGUGAGCAUCAUGCAGCUUGUGUAAAACAAUACUUUAAUUGCAGAUGGCACUAUAGUGAGACCUGGUAACAGAACAUGUGGGUAUCUACUAGAAGAAAGCAUCCACAUUUUGCAGACAAUGCUUGCCAUGUUCGGAUGGCAGAUACAUUUUUGGCUAACUCUUAAGUUUAUGCAUUAAUUUGUGGCAGACUAUCAAUAAAGACACACUAUUUUAAUUUCCAA